UAGGCGAAAGAAUUCGAUUUAUAAAUAGACUACGCAUGUUAACAAGUAUUCAAAACGUUGACAGUGUUUCGUAGUUAAAUUAACAGAAAUCAGAGUUUUACUAUGUAAUAUGUAAACACAAAAUGAUAUUAUGAAAAGGAAACUUGAAAUUUUACAAAGUGCUGUAAACAAAUCGUUUUUCAUACGAUAUAUUACGUUCUUUUCUAUCCAGAAGUUGAAGUUGUUUGGUAACUCUAUUGCAGAUGGAACAAUACUAAUUGAGACAUUGGGCACCGAUUAUCACGAACACUAAUAAUAUCCUUUAUCUACUGUAAUAUAAAUUAUUAAUGUGCGUUAUGAAACUUAUAUGCCGCUAGCAUAAAGAGUCUAGCAUGUUGCUUGGGCAAAUACAACAGUGGUGUAUGAGAAGAUUGAUUCGUUUAUACCUCUUCAUAUCGUAGUUUUAUAUAUAUACAUACAUACGAACAUACAUACAUAUAUAUAUUUAUAUAUAUACACCUUUUAUAUGAAAUUGAUAUUUUUUAAUAAUAUGUCGAAUUAUAAAAUUGAUUGUCAAUGAAAAGUAUUUGAAAGUUCGAUGAUUUAUUAUCAAUAAUAUAAUAUAUAUACUUAUAUAUAAAGCACCUGCAGCUUAUACGGUCAUGCAGAGUGGUGGUGGUGGCGCGUCCUCACACUCGCUGCAAGUUAUAUAAACGAUGCGUGCACGCAGCUCACCGAUUACAACUGUGUUCGAUAGUGCGUUCAGUAGCUAAUAUCAGUUUACUCUUAUAAACUCGAUUCUCCAUAUCUUUUCACUCUUAUUUAUCACUUACUGAAAUAUAUAUUAUACGUAUCGUAGAAACAACCAAAAAGAAGUGUGUGCACGUGAAAAAGAGAGAAAAAGAAAGAAAAAAAAUAUUUUAAAUAUGAAUGAGAUUUCCAUUAACUUGGUCUCUCAACUAAAAAAUGCCGGCAAGUUUUGGUACAUCGUUAACCCUUUCGAAACAACUUUCGAAUUUCCCCAUCAGGUGCCUGAUUAUUAUCAGCAGGUCUGGAUACCAUUUUUCUUUCUUAUCGUAUUAGAACAAGUGAUAUUAACUGCGAAGAAUAAGAAAAAAUCAUUUCGAUUGAACGACCAAGUGACGUCGUUCUCUCAUUGGAUAUUUCAAGAGUCUGGCCGCGUUUUUUUUCGUGGGGCAGAAUAUUAUGCUUAUAUUAAAAUUUAUGAAAAUUAUCAUCGAUGGAAUUUAUCAUGGAAUUCUAUUUGGACUUGGUACAUCACUGCUUUAGGGGUAGACUUUUGUUAUUAUUGGGUACACCGUAGUAAUCACGAAGUACAUUUUUUGUGGGCUCACCAUCAAGUACACCACAGCAGCGAGGAAUUCAAUCUCGCGGUUGGCCUGCGCCAAUCGGUACUGCAACAUUGGUGCAAUUUUAUUUUUUAUCUACCUCUUGCUUUCUUCAUACCACCAUCACAUUUCAUUGUUCAUCAUCAAUUCAACUUGAUUUAUCAACUUUGGAUACACACGACAAUUAUUGACGAUCUCGGACCGUUAGAAUUAAUAUUUAAUACUCCUAAACAUCAUCGCGUUCAUCAUGGAUGCAAUCUAUACUGUUUGGAUAAAAAUUAUGGCGGAGUUCUUAUAAUCUGGGACAGAUUAUUCGGGACCUUCAUGGAAGAGAAGGACGAAAUCAUUUACGGCUUAGUAACCAGUCCGCAAUCAUUCAAUCCCUUGUAUCUUCAGACGUUUUAUGCGAAAGCGAUGAUAAACAAGAGUAAGGGCAUGAAAUCUUCGGCAAAUAAAUUGUCCGUCUUAUGGAAAGGUCCUAGUUGGUAUCCAGGUGGACCACGUUUGGGCCUUGACAAGUAUAAAAUAAAUGUAACGUCUAGAAUCAAAUACAAUGUUCGUAUACCAACGUGGCAAACCGUCUAUAUUAUUUUACAUUUUUUAAUAAUUUUUUAUAAACAUUUACAGUUGUAUAAUAAUGAAAAACAAGAUAUACAUAAUUUUUUAGGAAUAACAAUAUUGAAUAAUAUGUUCGCUCUUGUCGCUAUUGGAUUAUUGUUUGAUAAGUCACAAUAUGCUGGAUUGGUAGAACUUAUUCGAUGUAUUGUAUAUUUAUUGUAUGAAGACUGUUGUCUUAACAUUCUGAUAUAUUAUAUUUAUAUGAUAUCUUGCUUUAUUUGGAUCUUUCAAGUUGUAAAUCAAAUGAAAGCAAAUUUUCUGCGAUUAUGAAUUUGUAAGAUACAUUUAAUCAAAAGGAAAUAAAAAAUCAUUGUUACUUAUUUAA